UUGGUUAGUUCUUGGGACCCCGCUAUCGCUUGAUGAUACCAUCAGCGCUACUUCUUAUCAGUCGAUGCCACGACGCUCUUGUCCUACCAUGCGGUGACACUGAUAGAAAAUACAUCUCUAGAAGCUGCUCGCGGUUCUCCUGAGGCUCAAUUGCGGGAUACUUGAGCAACCUGGGUGACAGGGUACCUGACUAACAUCGAAGACUACCCCGCAAUGGGAAAUUCAACCGCCAUGACUACCACUAACAGGCAAGAUAACAAGGCCACGGAGGCAACGAAAGUAUGGACAACUCUAAUCACCAACACCGCCUACCUCCCCGGCCUGCUUACGCUCGACUACUCGUUGAAGAAAGUCGGAUCGAAGUAUCCCCUAGUCGCACUCUACACGGAUACUUUCCCUCCUGAAGGUCACGCUGCGCUCGAUGCUAGAAGGAUACCCAAGCAGCGCAUUCCCUAUCUUCUGCCAUCAGCACACAAAGACUACAGCAACGAUGCUCGAUUCUACGACUGCUGGAGCAAGCUCACACCCUUCUCGCUCGUCCAGUAUGAGCGAGUGGUACAGCUGGAUAGUGAUAUGAUGGCGCUGCAAAAUAUGGAUGAAUUGAUGGAACUUGAACUGGACGCUCCUGAGCUUGGUGGGACGGGGAAUCGUGUGUUUGCUGCGACCCAUGCGUGUGUCUGCAAUCCGCUGAAGAAACCGCAUUAUCCUAAAGACUGGAUACCUGAGAACUGCGCGCACACGACUCUGCAUUCUGAUCCGGAACUUGCUCAAACAACCGGACCAUCGCCCACCGCUGGUCUGGCUAUGCCAAAUGGAGGCUUACAGGUGGUAAACCCUUCACAGAAAGUGUAUGACACUAUCCUCGCACGGUUAUCUAAUCCAUCGUCGACGGAGAACUACGAGUUCGCCGACCAGUCGCUACUUGCGGACGCCUUCCCUGGACGGUGGGUCGCAUUACCGUAUAUUUACAACGCGCUCAAGACGAUGCGAUGGAAGGGUGUGCAUGAUGCUAUAUGGAGGGAUGAAAAUGUGAAGAACAUCCAUUAUCUUCUCAAUCCGAAGCCAUGGAACGAGAGUGAAGAGGUCAGGAGAGGCGAAGGAGACGCAGCCAAGGAUCGAGAUGGGGCAAAUUCUUGGUGGUGGGAAAUUACUGAUGAGAGACAUCAAGAUGAGAAGAGCAAGGGACUCGAUGACGGGUUUUGAGAUCUACUAUAUGAGCUAGAGCAGAUUACCCGUACGAUGCAGGUGAACAAGGGUCUCUUCCCACGCAAGGGGUAUGAGUCCGGCAUAGAGAAGCCGGUGAUACAUAACCACAAUUGCCUUGGUGAAUACUA